AUGAGUACUACCACACGCCACCCGUUCCUCACAAAAUUCAACAGCUCUGGCUCCGAGCUAUGGACCGUCGAGCGCGGGGAUUCGACUGCAGCAGACAUCUACUACAGCAUUGCAGUGGAUGCAAGUGGGGAUGUUAUUGUGUGUGGUGCAUCCAGAGGAACGAUCGACGGAGUGACAGCCGCUGGACUUUCCGAUUACUUGAUUAUGAAGUUUGACUCUGCAGGGGUGUGGCAGUGGACCGUGAUGAGGGGCACCACCAGCGAUGACUUCGCCGUAGAUGUCACACUGGAUUCGGCCGGCAACAUCAUUGUGGUUGGAGAGACCUAUGGGGGCAUGGAUGGCUUCACCAACCUGGGCUAUGACGACGUGGCGGUUGUGAAGUUUGACAGCAGUGGAACCUGGUUGUGGACAGAUCAGAGAGGUUCAAGUGGCAGCGAGUACUUCAAGAAGGUGCGGACCGAUACCAGCGACAGCAUCUAUCCAGUGGGUCUCUGUGGCGGCGCGUGGCCGGGUCAUGUCCAUGAAGGUUCCUUCGACGUCUGCCUCUACAAGCUGAGCAGCUCGGGAGUGCUGCAGUGGAGCAUUCAGCGUGGAUCAAACACAAGCGACCAGGGGUUUGGUAUGGCGAUCGAUGAGUUGAACGAUCGGAUCUACGUCGCGGGCUUAACAAACGGCUUGUUGGAUGGGCGCACCGCCACAGACUGGGACCCAUUCAUCAUGGCCUUCGACCUUGCAGGGAAUUGGGUUUCCACGUCGUUUCAUGGAACCUCAAUGGAUGACAGUGCUUUUGGCGUGCACGUUGACGUUUCCAAGAACCUUGUCUUGGCUGGCGGUACCAAAGGCUCCUUCCCGGGAUACAGCAAUGCUGCUGAAGGCGUAAACGACGUGUUUGUUAGCGCGCCGCUUCACACAACAACCACGUCCACAUCCCCAACUGCAACCUCCAGCUCGUCAACCAGCACGACUACCACAACAGCAACAUCCACCAGCUCAUCAACCAGCACAGCAAGCACCACUUCGUCCAGCUCUUCUACUAAAACAGCUACGACCACGUCGUCCAAUGCUUCAACCAGCGCGACGACCACCAUGUCAACGUCCACCACUGCAACGUCCAGUUCUUCCAUCACCACGUCAAGCAUAACCGCAACCGCUUUCACAUCAAUCUCGUCAACGGCUUCCACCUCGAGCACUGCCACCCCUACCACUUCUACCACGGACAAACCUUCCACCACUGUCCCAACCAAAACCUCGACCGUCUCAUCAUCGGUCACAGCGAGCUCAAGCCAACAUCCUACCAGCUGGACCAGUACCUCAACUACAUCGACCACUCCCACCUCUUUGCCCAGCACAUCGACCGCAACUUCGACAUCCCUGGCGACGUCCUCUUCGAGCACAAGGACCGGAGCGACCACCAUGAGCACCUCCAGCCCAACCCGAACUUCCACAACUUCUACAAGCCGAUCAGACACCUUGACAAAGAGCACUCAAAGCACGCGAUGCACUGAAACGACGUCCACCACGUCAACCGCGGCUCCCGGAGGAACUACAUCCACCACAACAUCAACGACAAGCUCCACUACCACAAGCCUCCGUUCCAGCAGCACCACCGCCAGCAAAUCGUCAACGACAAGAACUGCAACAGACAGCACGUCAAGUGCCCCAUCAAGCGCCACAACAACUUCCAAGAGAGACACCAAAACAAGCACGACCAGAAGCGGGGCUGUCGCAGCCACAGCCGCAGUAUUGGCCUUCGAGGCUAGUCAGGAGAGCUUAGCGAAGCAGGCCUUGGAGGCUGCCAUGGCAGAGGCAGGGGAGGCAGGGCAGGAUGAUACCAUCGUAUCGGUGUCAACAGAGGAGCCAGAUGGCACGGUUCUUGUUGCUGUCGCGCUUCGAGCGGCCGGAAACGGGACAGGCGAGGAAGGCAACCGGACCUUCACCAUCUCGGACGCUGGGGUGGCCGUGAAGGUGCCUGCAGCACUGGUGCUCGCUGCGGGUGGGGGUGAGGGCUUUGCAUCCCUCUCUUUCGCCCGCUUGGGCGCGGAGUCGGAGACCAUGGCCGCGCUAGGGGACAGUGGAGAAAGCCCGCAAAGCUCAGAGAGCUCUGUUGGCUCCGUUCAGCUUGCCGACCUGCCGGUGAGUUUGGUGCUGUUUACUGCCGAUGGCCUGGAGUGGAAGGGACCUCUACCGGAGCCUUUGCAGCUCUCGAUCCCAGUGAGUAAUCUCACCUUGGACGUGGACGAAAGAGGCGAGUGCGCCUUUUGGGAUCUGGAUGCCCAUGCCUGGUCCACGGAAGGCGUUUCCACCGUUUCCACUUCUUCACUGGAUGCUGGAGUCGUCACUUGUGAAACAACACAUCUGUCGCUCUUUGCCUUCCUACUCAGAACCAUGGCCAGCGUUUUCGUUUGCGCCAUGGCCUCCAGGAUUUUUUCGUUGGAAGGCCUGCAGAAUUUGUCCCGGGGCCACUGGGCUUGGUCGAUUCCGGCACUCUUGCAGUGGGCAGUGCUCUUGCUGGCCGCCGUUCUCCUAUUCCUGUCUUGGAGGUGUGAUGUGAAGCACGAGCGGUACGUUGCGGAGCUGAAGCUUGCAGAAGAAGCCCGUAGCAUGAAGACCAAGAUGCAGAAGCGACGCUCCACAAUGCAGAGGAAGGAGUUGCUUCCGCAGGAGGUGCUGGCAUUCAAGCUACCAGGGACCAAGCGCUUCACCCGCCUCGUCUACUCUUCGAUCUCACGGCACCAAACGGGACAAACUCUGGCACAGCUGGAGCAUCCCCCACGUCGUUUCAAGUACGUUCUCCCUGCUUCUGACUCCAAUCUUCAUGUCUCUCGCCGGUCUACUUACUUCUUCUGCAGCUCCACCAGCCACGCCCUGCUGAGCUCUGCUGGUGGCACCACGAGGGCCACGCGGGGGACCUCCUCUACAUCAGGCCAAAGAUGA